GUACUCCUACCACUCCAUUACAGAGCAAAAAUCUUCACGACUUCACCUAUGUACCCAAAUUACCAUUGCCAAAUACCUUAACCGAAUGUGUUUCAACAGAAGGGACUUAGGUAAGAGGUGGAUAAAACGCUAGGAGAAGAGCAAAGUUGUGGGUUGAAGGGUGAAUUUGACUUAAACAAACGGCGUCGUUUUUGUCCUAAAGGAAUUAUCUUCCGGAGCUCCGUCAUCUUAGCUCCCUCUCCUAAAGUGAGACAAGCUCUGAAUCUCUGACGAGACAAACAAAAGAAGACGAUGGUGUUCUCUAUUUCUGAAAAUGUCAUGAAGCUCUGGGAUGCAUGGAAUGUCAGAGCGUUUGUCAUCCUAAGCUUCCUGGCGCAAGUUUUCUUGACUCUCCUUGCACCAUUAAGAAAGCGCCUAGGGGGAAUAUGGGGAAAAUGUGUUUACAUGUUGAUCUGGUUGGUAUACUUGCUCGCAGACUGGAUUGCGGGACUUACCGUUGGAUUCAUCUUAAGCAACCAGUUGAAAAGUCCUGCCAAUAGUGGUGACAUUCAGACCUUUUGGGCACCCUUUCUGCUGUUACACCUUGGUGGACCCGAUACCAUCACGUCCUAUGCCUUGGAAGACAAUGAGUUCUGGAUAAGGCAUUUUCUUGGGCUCAUAUUACAAGUUGGUUCUACACUCUAUGUCUUCCUUAUGUCCCUCCCAGACAACAAGCUUUGGCUCCCAACCCUCUUAGUGUUAAUUGCUGGCAUAAUCAAAUAUGCAGAGCGGAACCGCUCUUUUUAUCUAGCAAGCUUUGACCAUUUUGGUGAAAAUUGGGUGUCUGGAGAAAAGGUAGCUGGACUCCAUAUUCCAGAACAAUUCAAAAAGUUGGAAGCUGCGGAUCUCGUACCUAGUAGAUUGGAAGAUGAUGCCGAGCCUUCCGAAUUUUUUGUUGAUUCCGAGCCCGAUUCAAUAUUACAAGCUGCAGCUUACUUGUUUGGAACUAUCAGGGGACCUCUUCUUGGCUCUUUUUUAUCUGAAUCUCAACGUUUUACAGGCUCUGCAAUCUUUGGAAGCAAAGAGAAGAAUUGUUAUGCAAAAGAUGCUCUCCUAAAGAUGGAAAUUCAGCUAAGCCUAUUGUAUGAGGCUCUCCACACCAAGUUGCCUGUGAUGGUUUCCAAGGCUGGGUGCGUCAGUCGCAUCUUGAACUUGAGUUGCGUCUUGGGAGCCUUGUUUUCAUUCUCAUUAGUUAAGAAGCACUACGAGUUGGAGGAGUUUGAUGCCUGGCUAACCUAUGGGUUGUUGAUCGGGGCCUUGACUUUGGAUUUCAUAUCUAUCAUUUUACUUGUGUUCUCCGACUGGUUUGUUAUUGCUAACUUCCAUAAUUUGGGACGCCUCCGUAACUUGGGAUCCAUAUUGAAGGCGCGCAGGUGGUCUAACAAAGUUCCCCAGUUAAAUUUCAUUACUUAUAGUGUUAAGGACCAUCCAAAUUGGUUGAAAUCAUUGGCUACUUUUCUUCCUUUGAGGAAUUUGUUAGAAGCCAUGAAAGUAAUUCGAUGUUUAUCCUUCCAAAAUUUUGGAGAAGACUCACAGUACUGGCAGGGUAUUUUCAAGGAUUUGGAGGUUAUUCAGCAGGACGUUAUUAAGAAUAAGUACCCAGAAGCUGAUGUAGGUAAUUUUGCACAAAGUCUUUUAGACUUACAUAUAGUCACCGAAUUAUCCAUCCAAAGAGGUAUCCAAGGGUCUUCACUUGGGCGUGGAGAAGAAGACAGAACAAUCUGCAAGCUAAUUUCGGAUUAUAUGUUUUACCUCAUGAUGAGGGAACCUGUUAUGAUGUCGGCCGUGUCCAGCAAUUGGGAAAAAGUAUUGAAAGACACAUAUGAGGAGACCCAGUCAAUUUUAGACCGGAGUUCAGUUUCAAACGAGAAUGAUGCCAGCAGCAAAAUUCUUUCAGCUAAAUUUGAAAAGGGAGAGAAUCUAAAAAUGUUAUCUACUGUAGAAGAAAGUUUUCUCACGGCAAUCAAUAACAAGGCAACUAUUCCCUGGAAGGGUUUGAGAAAAGAAUGGGUUCAGAAAAUGUGUUAUGCUGCGCGUAGAUGUAGGCCAAGUGUGCAUGCACAACAACCAAGUAAGGGAGGACAACUACUCACCUUCAUCUGGCUGUGUAUGACUAAUUUCACAAUGGCAUACCAGAGGUCACCAUAUAACUACUGAUUCUGAGUUGCCAGAGCGAUCACUUUUGGUUCUUGUGUUUUUUGUGUUUUCUUGAUUUGUGUGUGUUUUCCCAGUCCUUUUAUAUAUAUACAAGUGGUCCUCACAAGGCGUUGCAGGGGUAUUGGGGACUCAAUUGAGCAAUUUAUUAGUAUAAAUAAGAUAUUUACAUGUAUUUGAAUUCUUAGAAGAACUUAUUGAACUAAGCAAUGUAUUGCCCAAUGUGUUGUAAUUGU